CGUUUUGGCGAUAGUCCAUCUCUAAAGGCGCACGUGUUGGCGUGUUUAUGUUGCAGCACUUCACAAAUUGCGGCCAAAAUGUUUGUAAACGAAGUUAACGAUGUGAAGAUCUACAACCUGAGCGCCGGCAAAUCGGUGCCAGAUUGGCUCACAGAUCGACGCAAACGAUCGCAGCUGAAGAAAAAGGUGGACUCCCGGCGCCAGAUCGAGCUCAUCCAGGACUUUGAGAUGCCCGGCGUGUGCACCAGCAUCCGCAUGAGUCCCGACCAACAGUACAUCCUGGCUACGGGCACCUACAAGCCGCGCGUCAAGUGCUUCGAGGUGUCCAACCUGUCCAUCAAAUUCGAGCGCUGCUUCGACUCCGAGGUGUCCACAUUCGAGGUGAUCAGCGAGGACUACAGCAAGAUGGUGUUUCUGCAGUGCGACCGCUACGUGGAGAUCCAUGCGGGCCACGGGCGGCACUACAGGCUGAGGAUACCGCGCUUCGGGCGGGACAUGAAGUACCACAAGCCAAGUUGUGAUAUGUUCAUUGUGGGCGUAGGUAGAGACAUUUACCGGCUGAAUUUGGAGCGCGGACAGUUCCUGCAACCCUUCGAAACGGACGGCAGCUGCCUGAACGCCUGCGAAGUGAAUCCCGAGCACCAUCUCCUGCUGGCGGGCACCAAGGAGGGCACCGUAGAGGCCUGGGACCCGCGCACCAAGCAGCGCUGCUCCACCCUGGAUGUGGCCAUGAAGUUGCCAGGCGUCAAGGAGUUUCCCUCGGUCACGGCACUCAAAUUCCGGAAUGGCUUGCACAUGGGUGUGGGAACUGCCUCGGGACAUGUCCUUAUCUACGAUAUACGUGCCAAGCAGCCGCUGCUGGUGAAGAACCAUCUGAAUCGACUGCCCAUCAAGCGUUUGGCCUUUAAUCCUGCCCAGAAUGCAGUCUACAGCUUGGACGAGGCCACGCUGAAGCUGUGGGACGAGCAGACGGGCAAGCAGAUCGCCUACGUUGAGUCCACGACGUCAUUUAAUGAUUUCUGCAGCAUUCCCGACACGGGAAUGUUCUUCCUGGCCCAGGAGGAUGUGAAAAUGCUGACCUACUACGUGCCAGCCAUGGGACCAGCACCACGAUGGUGCUCCUUCCUGGACAACCUAACCGAGGAGAUCGAAUCGGAGGUGGUGGAGAAUGUCUACGAUGACUACCAGUUCGUCACAGCCAAGGAGCUGGCGGAACUGGGCAUGGAGCAUCUCGUGGGCAGCAAUCUGCUCAAGGGUUAUAUGCAUGGUUACUUUAUGGACGCCCGACUGUACAACAAAGCCAAGGCUGUGGUCGAACCCUUCGCCUUUGAUCGCUUCCGCAAGGACAAGAUCCGCCAGGAAAUUGAGAGUGAGCGCAAGUCGCGCCUGCAAAUCGAAUCGAAGCUGCCCAAGGUCAACAAAGAGUUGGCCCUCAAGAUUAUGGACGAACAGGCCAAUCCCUCGAACAGUAGCAAGCAACGCAACGUGCCCAAUCUGCUUGAGGACACGCGUUUCAAGGCCAUGUUCGAGAACGCCGACUUUGCUGUUAACAAAUCUGCCGAGGAGUAUCGUCUGCUGGCUCCUGUGCUGAAUCGUUUGGAUAAGUCCAAGGCCAAGGAGCUCAAGAAGCGCGUGGAAGUGGCCCAUGUGGCCGAGCUGCAUGCCGACGAGGCCAAGCAGCGUGAGGAAAGUGACAACGAUGAAGAUCUGUUUGGCUUUGAGAAGAGCGAUGGCGAGAACAAGGAUGAAAGCGGCGACGAAGCCUCUUCCGACGACGACGACCGAAGGGAGUACGUCAAGGAAAUGAAACAGGCGUACAAGCAGGUGAAACGACAACGUGAGGAAGAGGACGAAUUAGAAGGCGAAAAUGACGAGGAGCAGCUGGAGGAUGAAACUGCCGAAUCUGCGACAAGACCACAGACGAAUGGACACACCCAAAAACCCACCGCAAACGGCAACCGCUUCACCCUGACCGCCCUGGAUCAGCAUCAGAGCAGCAGUCUGGUGCAGCAGCGCAUCAAGAAGGCCAGCUUGCAGGAUCGUGUACAAGUUAUGUCGCAGCUGGAGGGCCAGGUGACCAAUGUGGGUCGCUCCUUUGGCAAUCGGCAGAUGACGUUCGAGGUGAACAAGCAGAAGAAGUCACAGUUCCAUGCCAAGAAGCGCGAGGCUGAGAUGAAAAAGCAUCGCGAGGAGCGAAGGAGUAUUGUCAGACCCAUCAAGUCGCUGAGACUGAAGAAGGUUAACUUUAAGUAAAACCAUGUUGCAAUUAGUUCUGUACAUAAAUUCAUAUGUUAAAUUAACAUAAUUUACUCAA